GCCGCGGAGCUACCAGCAGAGAGCGAGGCGGAGGAAGUAUCCUCCAAAAAGAAGAAGGGUCGUCCAAAGAAGGUGACGGCAACAGAAGCUGAGGAAGUGGUACCACCCAUAGAAAUGGAAGAAAAUGCCGCGGAGCUACCAGCAGAGAGCGAGGCGGAGGAAGUAUCCUCCAAAAAGAAGAAGGGUCGUCCAAAGAAGGUGACGGCAACAGAAGAAAACGUAACAGAAGCUGGGGAGGAAAAGGCUGAGUCAAAUACGGCACAGACAGAAGUUAAGAAAAAGAAAUCUAAAGGAAAGAAUAACAGAGAACGUAUGGAUGAAUUGAGUACAGUAGCGGCAGAAGAUGCUGCGACACUCAGUUCUGUAGAAGAAACCCCACAAACUCAGGGAGAAGUUGGUACAGAGCAACUCGCAAUGGUUGAAGAAGUAAAUACAAAAAAGAAGUCAAAAAAGACAACGUCUCCAUCCGCUGAGAUAGAAGGAUCGGUAACAGAAGAUACAUCAACUGUCGGGGCUGCACGUGUACCACGUGCAGUACUUGAGCGUGCGCCCCCACUUAUGUUUGAGAAUGCCGUAACAUUAGACCGAUUUGAUGGUACUCAUAUGGAGCUUCGUCGUCCAGAUUUGAAAACUCCUUGGAACAUGAAGGUUACAAUCGGUGGGGAUAAACUAGUCCUUACACGACUGCCUCCCAUCUCGGCCGCUCUAAAAACUCAUCCAUUUUUAAAAACAUUGCAGCCUGAUGCAGAAGGUUAUAUAAACUGGCGUGUGGAUGGAGUGAAUGGGACUGAUCUAACUAAAGCUAACAGUACACUGCGGGCAAAGGCACUGGAAUCGAUGAAGAAAGCGAAUAAACUUUCCUUCAUUCUUCGGCAAAUUCUAAAGUAG